CAAAUCAAAAACAAUUUACAUUCACGUAAAAUACUGGAUACUUUGUUUCCAGAAGUAUACCCAUGAAAGUUUGAAUGAUAGAACCACGAUCGCAUUAUUAUGUAAACAAGAAAUAUCUCUAUGAAGCUUAGAGAUAAAAUAGAAAGUUUUGCAUCUAAUAUGGCUAGCACCUUUCACAUCAUACCGCGACGCGUACAUACACGCCAGCGAAUUUGAAAUUAGAACUGAAUCUUUUUCAUUGUAGUUUCAAAAAACAAACGAGUUGUGUUAAUUAACAUAAUUUAUCAGAGAGCAAUGAGCAUAUCGAACGGCGAAAAAGCGAAUAAUAUCCAGCAUCAUAAAAAUAAACCGACAAAAAUAUUCCUCGGCAUGGCUACCAACAUGCUGAAACAUGCGUUCCUCAUCUUCCGAACGUACCUGGACAUGGUCAUCGACAUCAUCUAUGGAUAUUUCUGGGAGGGGACGAGGAAACCCUUACCGGAUUUGGAGAAGAAACAUGCCAUGUUAGCCGAGAGUGCUGUGGCCUUGGCUGCGAAGAUCAGGAAUAAGGAGUUGAAGUCUGAGGACCUGGUUAAGGCUUGCAUUGAAAGGAUUCAGCAAGUUAAUCCAAUAAUAAACGCGGUGACCGACGAGAGAUUUGAUGAUGCUCUGAAGGAGGCGCAAGAGGUAGACAAACUCAUUGAGUCUGGACUUACUGAUGAAUACUUCCAGAAGAAACCAUUUUUAGGCGUCCCAUUCACAACAAAGGAAAGCCAUGCAAUAUCAGGCCUGCUACAUACACUAGGCUUACUCGCCCGCCGCGACGUGCGGGCGCAUGAAGACGCCGAGUGUGUGCGACGCCUGCGCGAGGCCGGUGCCAUCCCUUUGGCAGUCACUAACGUGCCCGAGGUCAAUAAGUGGAUGGAGAGCCGUAACUACGUGUUCGGUCAGACGUGCAACCCGCACCACUCGGGGCGCACACCCGGCGGCUCCAGCGGCGGGGAGGCUGCUCUCUGUGCUGCACGGGCCACACCCAUCUCGCUAUGCUCGGAUAUCGGCGGCUCGACUCGCAUGCCUGCAUUCUUCUGCGGGCUGUACGCGCUCAAUCCUACUUCUGGACACACUAGCCUUAAAGGUUCAGCUCUCCGCACGGGCAAGGAGAAGUCGAUGGCAUCGAUAGGGUUCGUGAGCACGCACUGUUCUGAUCUUAUCCCGCUCACUAAGAUCAUUGUCGAUGCUGAGAAAGUACACGAAUUGAACUUAGAUCGAGUUGUUGAUGUUAAGAAACUUCGGUACUUCUACGUGGAGACGGCACAGGAUCUACGCGUCAGUCCCAUUUCACCCGAACUGCGGGCUGCUAUGAACAGAGCCAUAACAAAGCUAACAGAAGACGCGACAUCCACUCCUCACGUGCCAGUCCCCUACUACCAUCCCGGCUUCAACUACAUGUUCGUGCUGUGGCGCUACUGGAUGACGCACGAGGAAGAUGACUUCGCCUCACUGCUCACCAACGGACGAGGGGCUGCGAAGGCCUAUGCUGAACUGCCGAAGAAGCUAGUUGGCAUGUCGAACUUCACUCUCCCGGCUAUCAUGAAGCUGCUGGAUGACCAGGUGCUACCUCCCGUCAACAAGGACUGGGCUGAGAAACUUACUAACGAACUUAAAGAAGACUUGAUUAAAACCCUAGGCGAUGACGGAGUGCUAAUAUUCCCUAGUAGUCCAUCAGUGGCGCCGUAUCACUACUCGCCCAUCGUGAGGCCCUUCAACUUCGCCUACUGGGCGGUCAUUAACGCACUCAGAUUCCCCGCGGCACAGAUCCCGCUCGGCGUGAACAGCGACAAGGUUCCUCUCGGCAUACAAGUGGUCGCUGCUCCGAAACACGAGGCGCUCUGUGCUGCCGUCGCUCAGUACCUCGGCGAAGUCCUAGGGGGCUCCACUCUGCCUUGCAAGAUAUUAGACUAGACUACUAAGACGAAAUCUGAUAUUAAAUACUCAGAUUUGUACCCUGUUAAUCGCAUAUAAGGGAUUUUGUUGCUGGUUCUUUAACGGACACGGAGCAAAAAAAAUUAACCGCCGGCAAAAGUGCUUUUAGAAACCGGUUGAAGGUGAUUUUAAUAUAAGCUUCUCUGAUGGUUAUCAAUAGUGAAAUAACCCAGCAUAAGUAUAGUUUUGCUUACACAAUACAGUAUAUACUACUUAAUUCAUACUUAUGUUUAACAAUAUCAUAAGCAUUUUUAUAAAUCAACAUUCAAAGUUCACGCAUUUAUAAUUUAAGUAUGAUGUGAUAAGUAAUUUCCAGUUUUUUAUACUUCCAUAUAUUUGUUAUUUUAAAUGAUAUUUAUAUAUUUACAUUUAUUAUAAUAAAACUAUUCUAAUAUUUGUUAUUUUUGUAUGGUUCAUUUCUAGAAAAUGUUAUUAGAAAAAAAUAUAGUAUGUAUGAUUGUCUCACUUAAACAUAAAAGGGUUGUGGAAGUAUUCUAAUGGUGCUGGAAUUUUGGAACGACGAAAGUUACUAAUAUUGUUAUUAACUUUAAAAUGUGUAACGUUAAAUGCACAAAACCUCAGACAUUACAAAUGUUUUUUUAUUUAUGUUUAUUAAUUCAAUUGAACACAAUUUCUGAGAGAAGUCAGUAAUUCACAUCUUUCUUGCGACUGUAAAAACUAUUCAUUUUCAAUCAUGUUUUGCGCAUUUAAUGUUACACGUUUUUAAUAUUAAUGUGAUGUCUAUUCUUCUGUGAUGUCUUAUGAUUAUAAGUACAUAGGAACUUAUAUCAAUGUAAUAAGUAUAGGAAUUAUAUAUUGCAUUUUGUACACUUUUCAAUGUUUAUUUUUCAAUAGUAAUUAUUGCUAGCAGCUAUGUAUGCCUGGCAUACAUAUAGUUAUUUUGUAAUAAGUGAUUUUGAGACUGAUGUGUCAAUAUAUUUAAUGAAAUUGGUGGAGGCUGAGCUGAAUAACUUAUCCAAUAAAUAUAUUUUUGAUUACAAAA